UGAAGUGGUGUUCUGGAAAGCCAGAACACUCCAAAAGUCUUUUAACCAGCUCACAGAAACACAAAAAGAAUUUUUAUCAAAUGAACGUAGUGCACAUAGAUCAAGCCCUAUUAUCUUCGAAACAAAUUCACAAACACACAGUGAUGAAGAGUUAACUCGAAGUUUUUCUGGCCUAUCUACAUCAACUGGCAGUAAAUCUUUUCCAAGUUCAGGUGAACUCAAACGUGAAAUUUCAAAUUUUGAGAAUGAGUUACCUUCUCGUCUUAGACCAAAAAAGAAAAAAAACGUGAUAGAUCAGAAACUAGUUGCGACCCUAGAUCGCACACAAACGAGCGAUCGAAUGGCUGCAUACCUAGUGAAUUCCGUUGCUAAGAACUUCGACGUGGAUGUGGAUAAGAUAAAUACUAGCAGAAGUUCUCUACGACGACAUCGCAUGCAUCAACGGCAAGCAACUGCUGAAAAUUUGAAAGAAAAAAUUAUCUUUCCAUCAUGUUUAGUAUUGCAUUGGGAUGGAAAACUUCUUGAUGAUUCAGAAAGUGUCAAAAAAGUUGAGAGAUUGCCGGUAAUAGCAACAGGACUAGAUUUUGAACAUAUUUUGGGCGUUCCCAAAUUAGUUACUGGAGACAGUAAAAAUCAAACCGAUGCCAUAAUUAAAUUAUUAGAUGAAUGGAAGAUUAAAAACAAAAUCAAGGCUUUAUGUUUUGAUACUGCUGCUGUUAAUACGGGCUUGAAUAAUGGAACAUGCAUUCAGCUUGAACGUGAGUUGAACAGAAAUCUUCUUCAUUUGGGUUGUAGACAUCAUAUAUACGAGUUGGUGCUUAGAAGUGUCGCAGAAACGUGUUGGCCGGUUACAAGUGGUCCUAAUGUUGCAAUAUUCAAUCGCUUCAAAAAUAAUUGGGAAAAUAUAAAUAAAGAAGAAUUUGAGACUGGAAUUGAAGAUUCUGAAGUUGAGAUAAAAACCAGAGACAUGAAAGACGAAAUUCUACAAUUUAUUUCAAGUCAAAUCAAAGAAUAUCAGCCGCGAGCUGACUACAAAGAACUGUUGGACUUAACUUAUAUUUUUUUGGGAGGAACUCCAUCAAGUCACUUUGGAUUCAAACGACCUGGAGCGAUGCACCAUGCAAGAUGGUUAUCGAAAGCUAUUUAUUGUCUGAAAAUUUUUAUGUUUAAGAGUAUAUACCAUCUAUUCUCUUUCUCACACACAUGUGAACGAACGGAACUGUCCUUGUUGCACUUACAUUAGCUAGUGGAAAUUUCAAAUGAGCCGUUCUCAGAUAUAAACUGCAAUAUCCGAACGAAAAAAAUUUCAUUCGAUAAAUAAUAAGUUUACGCAUCGAAUGACAUAUUUUAUUUAAUAAUUUGGGUCUUUACCUGUGAAAACGGUUCAUUUGAAAAUCACCUGGUACACUCUCUUAAGAAGCAAUUUAAAGUAAAUGCCAAAGAAAUACCUCAGCUCCGAGACAUAUGUCUAUUUA